AUGAAAAAAUUAACUAAGAGAGAUGUCGUGAGCCAAAUUAAUUCCAUUUAUGACCCAAUAGGUCUCACAGGACCGCUCAUGGUUAAAUUGAAGUCCAUGAUGCGAGAAAUCUUCGAUUCAAAAGUGGAUUGGAAAACUCCGCUCGAUCAAAAGAUAUGCGACGAAUGGUACAAAUUGUGUAAAGAAGUAGAUCUAGCAACAUUAUCAAUUCUUAGGUACGUACUAUCACCCAGAGUAGGUGACCAAAAACGCCUUUGGUUGUUCGCAGAUACAAGCAGGAUUGCAAUCGCAGCUUGUUCAUACUUACAAUGUGUCCCCUCUGGCACAAUUUCUGGCCUGAUCUGUGGAAGGACGCCCAAAAAGUGCCAUCAGACUAUCCCAAAAUUAGAGUUGCUCGGAAUACUUAUAGCAGCCAGAUUAGGAUGCAGCAUAUUAUCAGCUGUCCAAGCAAAAAUCGAAGAAUUGAACAUAGUUUCGGACAGUGAAAUUGCCUUGUACUGGAUCAAAUCUUCAAAAAAAGUUCCUGUUUUCGUAGCAAAUCAGCGAGCAAAAAUACUUAGUAUUAAACAACAGCUCGAUAAUCGUGGUGCUACGGUCAAAUUUUUCCAUGUUAGCACCGAAAACAAUCCAGCUGAUGCUGGAACGAGAGGUCUGACAGCACAAGAAAUUAUCGAGAACGACUGGAUCAAAGGACCACGCUGGCUAGAAAAUCACUGUAGCGAGUGGCCUAUCAAGUCGAUAAACACACUAUCUGACGUUCAUGAAAAUGACGAAAUAGAAACAAUGGUUACUACUACAUCGAAAGUAACCAUGUCAGAAAACAAACAACAAGAACAGCUUAUUAAUCUCAAGCGUUUCUCGAAAAUCGACAACGUGCUACGUGUGCUAGUAAAGACUGCAAAAACAAUGAAAAAUUGGGUUGCAAAAACCAAUCAAAAUCGCUCAUCACCGAUAAAAGUAUCAGAAGCCGACAAAUUUGAUAACGUGUUCAAAAUAACCGCAUCAGAUAUGGUCAACGCGGAACGCCUUCUAAUUAGUCAUGAACACAGAAGCAUUAAUCUUGACGCUCUAAAAAAGCGAUUUCAUAAUAAACUGAUUAUUCGCGACGAAGACGGAAUCAUUCGGCAUCACUCCCGCCUUCAAAAUGCCUCUAUUCCGUAUGACACAAAGUCACCGAUUUGUAUCCCAGAAGACUCGGAAUUAUCCAGGCUGAUCGUGCAGGAUAUCACAUCAAAAAUGGUCAUUCUGGCAAAGAGCACACUCUUUCAAUCGCAAGACAACGCUUUUGGAUUUCACGUCCCUCUUACGUAUUCAAGAAAUCCUUAA